AUUUCGUUUUUUGUAGUUUUUGGACUUGGAAAUUUCGUUUUAUACCUAAUAAAUUUGCAAUUGCUGCUCUGUGAGUCGGCAAGUUACUUAUUUUUUCUUCAAGUUCUGCGAUUGCGUCGGGUUUUUAUUCUUGCUGUUGAAUUAGGUAAGAUUUUCGACCUAAUGGUGCUCCAUCGCUCUCUUCGAAACGAUUAAAUUAAUUCAUAUUUUCACAAAUCCACGUUUGCACGUCUUUUGGGAGUAUUCCUGUACUUAUGGGCGGUGUUUUCCAGCGACAAAAAUCAGAUCCAAAGCGCCAAGCUGUACGUCGAUCUCCUGAUAAUCUUUAAGUGAAUAGUUCCUUGCGUCGACCUACCCCGAUCUUUGAUUUUUCCCAGUUUGAUCUGCAUACACCAGGAACCAUGUCCGUCAUUGGCAUUGAUUUCGGGAACCAAAACUGUUUCGUCGCAACGGCUCGCGCCGGGGGAAUCGAGCUGAUCCUGAACGAUUACAGCAUGCGGGACACACCGGCGUACGUUUCGUUUCACGAGCGUAAUCGGAGUAUGGGAGUAUCGGCGCGCAGCAAUUUGGCCGGCAACCUGAUGAACACGGUGUUCAAUUUCAAGCGACUGCUUGGAAGGAAGUUUCGCGACCCCAUGGUUCAGGAAGAAUUGAAGUAUAUCCCGUAUAGCGUGAUCGAGACUGCGGAUGGAGGCAUUGGAGUGAAGGUGUCGUACAUGGAAAAGGACUCAGUGUUUACACCGGAACAAGUUGUUGGGAUGUUCCUUGGAAAACUGAAAGCGAUUUCCGAAGCUGAUCUGAAGGUCCCGGUGAGCGAUUGUGUGAUUUCGGUUCCCGUUUACUUCACGGACAUUGAACGGAGAGCUCUGUUGACGGCAGCCCAGAUCGGCGGUCUUAAUGUUCUUCGUUUGAUGAACGAACCUACCGCUGUGGCUUUAUGUUAUGGAUUGUAUGCACAAGAGCUUCCGGACGCUAAUCAACCAGCGCGCAACGUGGUAUUUAUUGAUGUCGGAUACGCGACAACUCAGAUGUCGGCAGUUGGUUUCAAUAAAGGAAAACUUAAAGUGCUUGGCGCGGUGGUCGAUCCUACACUUGGCGGUCGAAAUUUUGAUUAUACGCUCGUGAACCAUUUUGCCGAUGCUUUUAAGAAGCAGUAUAAAAUCGAUGUCUACACUAAUAAGCGUGCGUUAAUGCGACUGAGAGAUGAAUGUGAAAAACUCAAGAAAAUGAUGAGUUCAAUUGGUAAUGAGAUCCCACUGAAUAUCGAAUGUUUCAUGAACGAUAAGGAUGUCCAUGGAAAAAUGAAGCGAGAUGAUUUUGAAGCUCUCAUUGCUGAUGAACUGGUACGUCUGGAGGAGAAGAUGCGGGAACUGGUGGACGUGUGCAAGUUAGACGGUGUUGACCGCGUGGAGAUCGUCGGGGGAAGCGUCCGAAUACCGGCUAUCAAAGCGCUUAUAAAAAAGGUCUUUGGUGUGGAGCCAAGUACCUCAUUAAAUCAGGAUGAAGCUGUUUCGCGGGGUUGUGCUAUUCAGUGCGCCAUUUUAUCUCCGACUUUGAAAGUUAAAGAGUUUGCAGUUGCCGAUGUCAUCUCUUAUGGAAUUGAAGUGCGGUAUGGGGAUAAGACGGGUGCCCGACAAACUGAAGUAUUCCCCAAAAACCACGAGUUUCCGUUCACGAAAGUUGUGACAUUUUCCCGAAAUGAGCCAUUCAGUUUGGAUGCACACUAUUCCGGCAAUCAAAGCAUUCCUCAUAGCGAUUCUUGGAUUGGUAAGUUCCAGAUCCACGACGUUGUUCCGACUCCAGGAGAGGCAACAACUAAAGUACGAGUUAAAACUCGCGUUGGCCUGAAUGGCAUGUUCGCGGUUACCGGUGCGUAUCGGGAGGAAAUUGUGCUUGUGGAAGACUCAGCCCCUGCAGUGCAAGUUCAGCCGAUGGACACAGACCAGGCACCCAACGAGGGAGCAGAAAAUCAGACAAAAAUGGACGUGGAUGAGAAAAAGGAGGAUGUUAAAAAGACUAAAAAGCAGUCCAAGCAGAUCGAAUUGCGUGUUGAAGCCGUUUAUCCUGAGUAUCCUCCAAAGAAAGUGCAAGAAUUCGUGGAAACCGAAAUGGAAAUGCGAUCGCAGGACAAAGCAGAAAAGGAAAAGGCCGAUGCGCGAAAUGCUUUAGAGGAAUAUAUUUAUGAGUAUCGUGAGAAAAUUUCCGAGUCUGGACCAUAUUAUGAGUUCGUUACUGAGAAGGACAGGGAACGAUUUGGUAACAUGCUGCGUUCGUCUGAAGAUUGGCUAUAUUCCGAGGGGGAAGAUCAACCAAAAAGCGCAUACGCUGCCAAAUUGAACGAGCUCAAGGAUUUUGGAGCUCCUGUAGCCAAUCGAUACAAAGAAAGCCAGGAUCGAGAUACCAUUUUUGAAGAUUGGCUACGCUAUCUGCAGCUAACGCGCAAAGCCGUGGAUUCAUAUAACACCGGGGAUGAAAAAUUCAGCCAUAUCGACAACGCUGAUAUCCAGAAGGUUGCAAAAGCAGUUGAGGACAAGCAGCGAUGGAUCGAAGAAAAAAUGGCGGCUCAGAAGAGAUUAGCACGGCAUGUGGACCCGGCUGUUACCGUUGCCCAAAUUAAGAAGGAGCGAGAGGGUAUGGAGAGCUUAGUCAAUCCGAUUUUGAACAAACCAAAGCCAGCGGCACCCAAACCACCUCCAGAACAACCAAAGAAAGCGGACGAGGCACCUCCAUCUAACGGAAACGAAGCCGGUGAACCCGCAGAUAUUCCUAUGGAUACUCAGUAAUCCAGAUUGGGUUUGAUCGCUUGUUUUGUAAUGACGUGUUAACGUUUCUACCUGUUCUUCGAGGUAAUGAUUCGGUAUUUUUUGAAUCCGUAAUCAGUUGACAUUACCGACACGCUGUAACAAUUUUAUCUUAUUCUCCCUUUUCUACGUGUGGGUUUAUCCUUGCAUGAUGCAUCUGUCGAGUGAGUUAAAUGUCUGCUUGCAGUUCUUUAAAUACUAGUGCGACACUGGUUACAUGUCGAAAUCAUGCAAAUUCAUUGCAGUUAAAGCAUGAACCGAGGGUGAAGCUCAGUAAUAAGUUCUUUUGCUGAAGUCCUCUGAACACAAAUAGUGCUGCAUAGCGCUGAAUUAAUCUACAAAAUCGGAAAACUG